AUGCCUCCUGAAAUGAUAAGUACACUCUCGCAUUCUAGCGCAUUCCUUGCUCUAUUUUCCCACCUCAACUCUGUUUACAUACAGCUGUACAAUACUGUCAACUACAUGGGUCCAGAGCGCACAAAGUAUUCUUGCAAGACGAAGGCAGCCAAAAGACAGCAGGAUCAGGUGGUUGUAGAUGCGAUUUGCAAGGAGAAAGUGUUGGAUUUGUCAUCGAGACUUGACAAACCUCAAUCAGCCAUUUGUAUCCCUGUACCAAUUGAAACACAAAAUCACACAGAAUUCCUCGAUGUGGACUUUGGUCAUGAUGAUCCAGUGACUGGUCCAGUCCCCACCUUCAAUCAAGAUGACAUCAAGAUCGAGUAUCAUCCGAGUAGCAGCAUUGAGGCCAAGGUAUACGGCUUUGAUAGCUUUGAGCAUCAUGCCUCAGAAUUCCUUGUCCCCCCACCUGACGGCCAACCUUGGCAUCCGUUCAAAUCUCGGCUCAAAUUUGAAAUUGCCGAGAUCAUGCUCGAGGUCGGGUUUAACAACCAACAAUCCGAUCGGUUCAUCAAACUAUGUCACCGCUGUGCUGUGGGCAAGGAGAAGUUCACAUUCAAAAACCACAAGGAUAUCCACAACAUGUGGGAGGCAGCCUCGCACCACAUUACAAAGUUUACGAAGGAAGUGAUCUCGAUCCCGUUCGCUGGAGAUGAGGAACUACGGGAAUAUGAUUUUGAUGGUAACACAUUCGUUUCUUUUGUUGAUGAGCCUUUCACUGCGCGAGAUAUUUGGGAUGUACAAUCGCAACUCCCUCCAGACAAAACUCUCCUCCUUUGGUACCACAAAAGGGUAUCCAGUCUACGCUCGUUUAGCAAACUUACUGACUGCAAUUCAAAACGGGUGAGGUGCAGGCAGCGGGUCAAGGACGAAAAAUUACACUCUGGAAAGCCCAGCUGGGUAGACUUUAAAAAUACUGUCUGGCACAAGUCAUUUGCCAGGAUUAUCUCUUCAUUAGCCUCAAAAUCGCAAAUGGGGCAGUGGUUCAAAUGUCUAGAUGGUGUCACACACUGGUUCUCUCUCUGUAUCCUCAUUCUAUCAGCUGAUUUUGAAGAACAUUGUGAAUUGCUUAAUGUUAUAAAUGCUGCGCGUGCAAAAGAAACCUUCGAAGAAAGAGAGGAACUCCUGAAAGAACAAGCACUUCAUUUGAUUGAUAACACAUUUUGGGCAGUAGCAUUCACCUGCAUGUUUCGAGCAUUGUCACAUGACCGUUGUCACUUCAAUCAUGGUGGACUCUGGUCAUGCCAUCUCUGGGUUGAACUGCAGAAAUACAUUGUAACUCUCGGAAGGGGAAAAGUAUCGCAAGUUGAUAAUCGAUUCGAAAAAUUUCCAUGCUGGCGAAAUCUCAAGCACCCAAACCAGGUUGUCAGUGUUACAUUUACAGACAGCUCCGUUCACAAGGAUAUUUCUAAGAUGAUAAUUUACGCCACACAUGAUGUCUUGACCAAGAAUGAUUCUCCACUCGGUUAUUUUCUCUUACGGUGUGUACACCUUUACCUCGAAAUGGACGUGUACGCUGCUCUGGAGGUUCACACAACCAAUACAAUCGAGGAGGGGAGACAUACUGUCCAAGCAUUCACAGCACUCAUAAAGCAAUACAUGACACAAACCGCUGAUGACAACUUGAAGAAUUGGAACUUUCCGAAACUGCACAUGACGACACAUAUAUUUGAUGACAUCGAGGCUAAAGGUGCCUCGUGCGAUUACAACACCAAACCAAAUGAGCAAAUGCAUGGGCCCUUGAAGGACUGGUACUUGAACUGGACAAACUUCAAAAACAUUGCGGAGCAGCGGAAAUCAGAUGGCGAGAAUGACGAUUCAUUAGAUGAUGAUGAAAAUACUGACAUCGACGUGGAUAUUAGUACUUUAGAUUGGUCACAACACGUUACCGAGUAUCAAUUCUUACGCGUCAACUACGAAUCCCUGGUAGACUGGAAACAGGAUACCGACGGUGCAGUCCUCGAUUCUUCAACACACCACAUUUUGACUGUGUCUUCAUCCUGGACACAGAAUGGUGUCAUCCUUGGACAUUUAGUCUUCCUUUUUCAAUGCGCCAUUGGGAAUGACUUAUUUCCCCUUGCUCUCAUCCACCCCUUUGAUGCUCUGACAGGGCCACUGACUUCGACAGGACAAGCAGCUUAA